AUCAACAAUGUUACUGGACUGACACACCUAAUGCUAUCAAAUAAUAGCUUCGUUGGUUAUUUACCGCCAGACAUAUGCAAAGGUGGAGCCCUGCAAUACCUCAUUCUUUACAUGAACAACUUCCAAGGUCUCAUUCCCACGACCUUGAAAAACUGUACGACACUAGAAAGGGUCCGUGUUCAACACAACCAACUCACCGGAGAUGUUUCUCAAUGUUUUGGAGUGUAUCCCCAUCUUUAUUACAUCGAUUUGAGCUUCAAUCUUCUCACCGGUACGCUAUCUCGAGAGUGGGCAAAAUGGCACAAUCUGACGCUCUUGAGAAUCUCAAAUAACAACAUCACCGGAGUCAUACCCACCGAGUUUGGGCAGUUGACGAAAAUGGGAGAGCUGGACCUCUCUUCCAAUUACCUACAAGGAGAGAUCCCAAAGAGCUUCGCCAGCUUAACCCUUCUCUACAAUCUGAGCUUGGGCAACAACCAACUCGUCGGCCAUGUGCCUCCGGAGUUUGGAAUGCUGUCCAAUCUUGAACUGCUUGAUCUCUCGUCCAACAACUUGGCAGGAAGAAUCCCCGAUCAAUUAGGCGACUGCAUGAAACUCCGAUCGUUGAUGCUUAACAACAACAACUUCAGUGGAACCAUUCCAUUGGCCAUUGGUAAUCUGGUGGUCCUUCAAGACACCUUUGACGUCAGCCACAACUCACUAACAGGGGAGAUUCCAUCCCAACUCAGCAAAUUGGUGAUGCUGCAAAGCCUGAAUCUAUCGCAUAAUUCCUUGUCGGGUCAUCUUCCAUCUUCGCUAACGUAUAUGACGAGCUUGUCUACCGUAGAUGUAUCCUACAAUGAACUGGACGGCCCUGUUCCUGAUAGCCCAGCUUUCCGAAGAGCCCCAGCGGAGUGGUUUGCCCAUAACAUUGAUCUAUGUGGAGUUGUUCGAGGAUUGCCUCCAUGUGUUUCACCCGGUACUCCAACAAUGAUUGCCUCCAUGGUUGUAAUAACCAUCAUUUCUUCCGUUGUCUUCUUCCUUCUCUUGUUUAUAUUCAUCGGAGCUGCUUUACGAUUCCACAAGAGAAAGAAGCCGCCAGUACCUGUUGAUAAUAAUCACAUAAAAGAAGGUGCAUUCUGUAUAUUGAAUUUUGUUGGAAGAGACGUAUGCAAGGACAUCAUCGAAGCUACCGAAGAUUUCGAUGCCAAAUACUGUAUUGGAAGCGGUGCAUACGGCAGUGUCUACAGAGCAGAGUUAGCAAGUGGGGAACUGCUAGCGGUGAAGAAGAUUCACCUACCAGACACUGAAGGUACAUGCGACGAGCAACCCUUUCAAACUGAGAUACAAACUCUUACUCAAAUUCGACAUCGCAAUAUCGUCAAGCUUUACGGGUUCUGCUCCUCUCCCCGACGCAAAUUUCUGGUGUACGAGUACAUGGAGAGAGGAAGUCUGGGAUCUGUCCUCCGAAGCGACACUGCAGCCGAAUUGGACUGGGUGAAGAGGUUGAGCAUCGUGAAGGAUGUUGCUCGUGCUCUGUUCUACAUGCAUCAUGACUGCACACCGCCUAUCGUUCAUCGAGAUAUUACCAGCAACAACAUCCUACUUGAUUCCGAAUUCAACGCUUGUGUUUCCGACUUUGGAAUUGCUCGACUACUGAAUCCGGAUUCAUCAAAUUGGACCAUGCUUGCAGGCACACCGGGUUACUUAGCACCAGAGCUUGCAUAUACAAUGAGAGUGACCACCCAAUGCGACGCGUACAGUUUCGGAGUGGUGACGCUGGAGUUGCUGAUAGGAGCGUAUGGUGAAGUACUCAUUUCCAUUCUGUCGUCUUCGCCGAUCAACGAUAGCUUUGUGAAAGACGUAUUGGACCGACGUCUACCUGUUCCUGAGGGUCAAGUUGCGGAUGAAGUAGUUGCAAUUUUGAGCUUGGUUCUUCGUAGCGUGGACAACAGCCCUGAAUCACGCCCGACAAUGAAACAGGUCUACGACAAGUUAUGCGUGGUCAGAACACCCCCACUAAGCCUCCGAUCUAUUGAUGCAUUGAAGUUUUCUGACUUGAUGAGCGUGGAGAUAUGAUCUAUAUGCACUCCUCUGUGCCCCGAUGCUUCUUUUGGUCAGGAUCGGUAGUCUUUGUUUCCGUAUGGCUUGCUUUAUUAGUGGUUUGAUUCUGCAGCGUGUUUAAUAAAAGCAUCGGUUGGUAAUCGAUCUCUUUUCCGCGA